AUGGGCCUCAACUUCGGCAUCAAGGGCGGCGUUGAGCCGACGCUUGAUGACGUGCACGCGCAGCAGGCGAGACGCCCUUCGGCGGCCGAGGCCAUCGCUGAAGACCGCCGGAAGAAGAGCGUCAGCGACAAGGUCGUCACCGGUGCUUCUCAGAUCACCACUCGCCAAUCUAUCAUUCCCGUCACUCUUGUUACGGUGCUCUUCUUUCUUUGGGGUUUUGCCUACGGCUUACUCGAUGUCUUGAACUCGCGUUUCCAGGUCGCCCUCGAGAUCACCCAGGGAGAAUCCUCAGGCCUUCAAGGUGCUUAUUUUGGCGCGUACUUUAUCGGUCCCCUCACCUAUUCCGGUUGGUUCGUCAGGAGAUUCGGCUAUCGUUACACUUUCAUGCUGGGCUUGGCUAUCUACUGUGUCGGAGCCUUGAUGUUCUGGCCCGCUGCUGUCAAGCGCUCCUUCGGCGGAUUCUGCGGCGCCAUGUUCAUCGUGGGCAGCGGUCUCUCGACGCUCGAGACGUCGGCCAACCCUUACAUCGCCGUGUGCGGUCCGCCCAAGUGGUCCGAAUUCCGUCUCGAGCUGUCCCAGUCCUUCCAGGCCGUCGGCUCCGUCGUGGCGCCAGUGCUAGCGUCGUACGUCAUCUUCAAGAAUGUGGGCGAGGACGGCAAGUCCCUCGAGUCGGUGCAGUACGUCUACCUGGGCAUCGCGUGCUUCGUCGGCCUGCUCGCCAUCGUCUUCUACUUCGCGCCCAUCCCGGAAAUCACCGACGCCGACAUGGCGGACCAGGCCGAGAUGACGACGACGGAGACGGGCUUCGUGGACAAGCCGCUGAGCAAGCAGUACACGCUGUUCUGGGGCGUGGCGGCGCAGUUCUCGUACGUGGGCGCGCAGGUGGGCAUCGCGGGCUACUUCAUCAACUACUACACGCAGGCGCGGCCCGACAUCGACCUGGUGAAGGCGCAGCACCAGGGCGCCAACUUCUACGCCGUCGCGCAGGCCCUGUUCGCCGUCGGCCGCUUCUCCGCGGCGGGGCUCAUGUACGUGACGAAGCCGCGCUACAUCCUGCUGGCGUACCAGACGCUCAUCAUGGUCUUCAUCACGGCAGCCAUCGCGGCCGACUCGGGCGACGGCGUGCGCGCCAACUGGGCCGGCCUGGCCAUGCUGAUGCUCGUGCUCUUCUUCGAGUCGUGCAUCUUCCCCACCAUCUUCACCCUGUCGCUGCGCGGCCUCGGCCGCCACACCAAGCGCGGCGCCUCGUUCCUCGUCUCGUCCAUCUGCGGCGGCGCCGUCGUCCCGGCCAUCCUGGGCAACGUCGCCGACCGCACCGGCACCCGCCACGCCAUGGUCGUGCCGCUCGCUUUCUUCGUCGUCGCGUGGAGCUUCCCCAUUUACUUGAACUUAUGCAAGGGUAAGGAGCUGGAUGCGUACCGCGAGAGCCACGUCGGCUUGGAGGGUGAUGCGGCGGAGGCUGGACCGGCGAAGACGUCGGAGUCGGCGUUUGAGAAGGAUGUGGAGGCGAGCCAGUUGGAGGUCGUGAAGUCGAAUGAGUAA